AGGCCAUGUAGAAUUUUAGUUUGAGAUAUCACGAAAUGUAACUGUAGACAGCAAUCAUGGGAAAUCUUUUGUCAUCAGAACGCAGGCCAACUUUUUCUUUACCCAGAAGGAGAUUAUCACUAAAGAGAUCUCGUAGAAAAUCAAGCAACAAAGCUACAACAUCCUCUGUAUCCGGACCAGUACAGACAAACAGCAAGCCAUGCCCUGGCCCGCCCAACAUUGCUCCCCCACCCACACCCUCACUUGUUCCCCCUCAGAACCCAGCUGAACAGCUUGAAAUUGUCAUUGCUUUGUACGAUUAUACACCCAGAACAGAGGGAGAUCUGACUUUCAAGAAGGAUGACCGAAUGAUUAUACUAGACAAGAGGAAUGGUGGCUGGUGGAAAGCCAGGAAUCUUAGCACUAAUAUCGAGGGGUAUAUACCUAUGAACUAUGUGGCUGAUGAAACUACUUUGGAGGCACAGAAAUGGUAUUUCGGGACGUACAAGAGAGCAGAGGCUGAGAAGUUGUUAACUCAGUGUUCACAACACUCUGCGUUUAUAGUGCGGAAGAGUGAGACUAACCCACUUGACUUUUCACUUUCCGUCUACGAUUACAGCACUGUCAAACAUUAUCGCAUCAGAACUUCUGCUAACAAGUAUUACAUAACGCACAAAGUGAAAUUUGAAACGAUCCAACUUCUCAUACAACAUUACAGCACCAAAGAGGAUGGCCUCUGCGUAAAACUGGGACAACCCCCUAUAAAAGGACAAAGCACUCCUCAAACCCUGAGUUUGACACACAGCACACAGGAUGAGUGGGAAAUACCACGCUCUUCUAUUAAACUAACAAAGUGCCUGGGUGAGGGACACUACGGAGAGGUGUGGCAAGGUGAGUUUAACGGGACCCUGGCGGUAGCAGUGAAGCAGCUCAAGCCGGGCAGCAUGUCACGUGAGGAAUUCCUUAAGGAGGCGUCCGUCAUGAAGAAUCUCAAACAUAACAAGUUGGUAGCUUUAUACGCGGUUUGCUCGAUGGAAGAACCUAUUUACAUAAUAGAAGAGUUAAUGGACCAAUGUCUGAACAAGUACCUCCAGGAACAGACCACACAAGAUAAGACCAGUCUCAAGGAUCUCACUAACAUGGCUGCUCAGGUGGCAUCGGGAAUGCAGUAUUUGGAAAGCAAGAACUUCAUCCACCGGGAUCUGGCUGCAAGGAAUGUGCUGGUGGCCCUGGCUAACAGCCCUGUUGAGUGUAAAAUAGCUGACUUCGGCCUCGCUCGAGUCUUACACUCACACGAUAAGAUCUACGAAGCACAGAAUGUCAUGCACUUUCCCGUGAAGUGGACUGCACCAGAAGCUGCCACUCACAUGAAGUUUACAAUCAAGUCAGACGUGUGGAGUUUCGGUGUGUUGAUGCACGAGAUCUUCACUUUCGGGGGGACCCCUUAUCCUGGCAUGAGCAACCAGGAAACGCUAGCCCAAGUUGAGAAGGGCUACAGAAUGCCCUGUCCAGUCAUUAUGACGGAAGAACUGUACGAUAUAAUGUUGAGUUGCUGGAAGGCUCAGCCUGCCGAACGGCCUACUUUCGAAACCAUUCAGUGGAGAUUGGAGGAUUAUUAUUAUAACGAUGAAGCGGGUCAGUUAGGUUACAAAGAAACUGGGGAGCUGAACGAUGAUGAGAAGAAGUGAACGUGAAGGGGAGGCAACUGAAGACUCUGACCCCAACUUCUACAGUAUGAAACAAGCUUGAAAAGAUUCCACAAGAUCGUCUUAAUCGUUCUAUAUGAGUAUACCCGAUCGAAAAACAUCAUCAAGAGAACUCGAGAAUUAAUUCUGAUUUAGGUGAAUUAAAACGGUAUGCUGUGAAAAUAAACUGACUUUAGCUCGAUUUCGUCAGUUGGAUAAGUAUUUAGUGUUUGUUUUUUGAGAUCUGACUGAUGAUAAACAUCGGAAUAUGCGCACAUUUUUAUUUGAAGGGUUGGCUGGUGUUUUUGUUUUGUAUUUACAACUUUGCUCUAAUAAUAUUCGCUUAUGUCUAAAGCCGCUUUUUAAACGUGCAUAUGAUUUUUUGGCGCAGCCCUGUUUAUUAAACAUGAUGAAAAUUUUAUGUUAUUAAUUAGUCUGAAUUAAUUUAUUUCUUACCGAUGCUUUGAACGUUUUUAGUGCCCGAGAUUUAUCAUAUAUAAAGAAUAUAGUCAAUAGUCAAUAGUCAUCGCAAUUUUAUUAUUUUAUACAAUCAAGAUUAUGCUUUUUUCUACCUGCUACCGAAAGUGAAGACUUAGAGUAACGAUAAAAUAUUAACUUGAGAUUUGAAUAGCUAGUAUUAUUGGUGUGAUACAGCUUGUUUACGACACUGUUAAUAAGUUUUAAACCCGUUAAUAAGUUUUAAACCCGUUAAUAACUUAAAUACGCUUUUAUCACAACAGCUGUUUAAGUAUGGGUACUAUAUCUAGAUAUAAUGUAAGAUUAAUGCGCACUUUUCCAAGAUGGAACAAUUUUUGCCGGUUUCCAUAUUCCAUAUAUAUGUCGUAUAACUAUAAGCAGGUCUUUUUCUAACCCUAAUGUUCAUCUUUAACCUUGGUUUUAUGUGCCAUAACAUUUCCCGUUUAAAUAUCAAACCAAGGGGUGUAAAACAAAAUAAUUGUUCCAGCUUGCAAGUUAAAGGGUUCCAGAAAUCUUGUGCACUUACAGUUUAUUAUGUGAUGAACAAUAUUCGUAUUUGUACUACUAUCGUUACGUUAUGGUGUCCUUUUAAAAGUAGCAGUGGUAUUAACUUUACUAAAACUAUUUGUUAAUGAACAUGACGUCACGAUAACGGAAGCCAGGUGAAUUUGUUUUGUCAAGACCUUGAAGGUUCGUGUUUGACUUAUCGUCGGUAAAGCUAAUAUUUACAGUGGGUCCGGUAACUUUCAAAUGUUAAAAUUUAGUUUCAAGUUUGUAUCCCUUCUCGCGAAAGCUAUGUCUCUAUGUUCGGUUCACGGUAAUAUUUAUAUACACUUUGAUACCAAUUUUUAAGUGUGAAAUGUUGAAUGUUGGACAAUCCUGCUAGUACAUAGAGGUACCAAUGAAGCUAUCGCACAAUUUCUAACCGGGGCAUAUUUAGCAUCAACACACUUUUACUUACGAAACUGAGCUGUCGUGGACAGUUGUGCCUUUUUGGGCUGUGUUAUAUAUAGGUCACUGUCAAAUUGUGCUUUAUUUCUGUAUCUGAAACAUAUUGAUAUAUAAUGAUGAUUUAGAAUGUUCCAUCUGUGCAGUAUGAUCAAUGUAAUGUUAUUUUACCA